GGGCCGUGUGCGUGCGGAACCUUCACGCGGACGAGCCGCACUCGGUGGGGGCUCUCGUGUGUCUUGUUCCAGGUUCGCCCGUGAGGGGUCCGUAUGCUACCGCUACCAACCCAGGUGGGCGCAGGGCUCGUGAUGUAGCACCGCUAGGCCGGUUACCCCGUUGUUGGAGGACACAAGAUUUCCACACCUGCUCAGUAAGCAAAGCAGAAGAAGCAUCUGCCAUUCAUGUCAACUCUGCAAGAUGAGUACAGACAGACCCAAACGGAAUAUCAUCAAAAAAAAAUAUGACAUCAGUGAUGGAAUGCCCUGGUGUGAAGAACGUCUUGUGCGCAAAGUUCUUUUCCUCUCCCUCAGGGAAUUCAGAGACACACGCCGUGCUACACAUGGUCACUUACCUGUAUAUGGGCAGAAACACAAGCAUGUUGCAAAAGCUGCACUUUCACAUGAACGACAAAAGUCAAGUCAAAAGCCCCAGCAACAAAGAGUCUCGCACAGACUACAGAAUAUGCAGAAAAAAACACACAGUCUCCAAAACACUAAAGUUAAGUCAAAACAUCAUCGUGAUCGCACUAACAAAGUGCAAAAAACAAACUUAUCUCAGGAUACAUAUUCACGCAAAAGUAAAAGUAAUCAUAUAGAACGGAGGAUUCACACGCAACCUAAAAGGUCUCGAGAAAAAACUGUGCAGCACACCGGUUUCCAAGAACAUUCACACAAUAAUUCAGUUUCGACCAGGACACUACGGUCACAAAAAAUGCCAAAUCCGCCAUUAAUGUCAACCUCUAAAUAUACAAACACUACAAAACCACAGACAACCCAGCACAAGCACAGAGUUAAAAAUAUGAUGCCACCCAAGAAUGUACGGGCACUCCUGAGGACUCCUGUACCGACCAGGAAUCGGACGUCACGCUGUCCCAAAGGGAUCAAGGGUUCCCUAGUGAAUGGCACCGGCCAGUGUCCGUCCUCGCUGUCAGGCAGCUCAAGCUGGAGCUGGUCCUUCCAGUCAUGCCCACAGCGCCACCCUGUCAGCCUCCUUUGCGACAAGGAUGACCCUACAUGGCAGGAGGCCAAGGCUGCAAGCGCAAAGAAAGUUUGCCCAGUCACCACCCAGUUCUCCUGGUCCACCAUUGACAUCAUCACCACAGUGUAGGCACAGCCACAACCUAGCAGUAGUCAGCAGUCUAACCAGACGUCGACCCAAAACUGAGGACUUCUUAUCCUUUCUCUGCCUAAGGGGUUCAGCAGCGUUGCCAAGAAACAUGGCCUUCUUGAGUGGACGAGAGAAGGAAGUAGUCACCAAUCGACAUUUUAAUUCCAGCCUUUCCAGCAGUCCAAAGACUGUCAUUGACAGGAACAAUAGAGUCACACAAACAGUGCAGCCAGGCUGUAGGUCACUGAACCUUGGAGGCUCUGACUCUGCAGAGGGCAGUUCCAUCUGCCAUCUAACUGCCCGGGCACAAAGGAGAAGGGACAGAGAGAGGAAGGAGGAGGAGGGGCGGCGGAUAAAGAAUGAAUGUAUGGAGGCUGACAGGAGAGAGGAAGUUCCAAAACACCACCUGAGACCUAGGCACUUCUCCAUACAGCUCCGGAAGAAUAAAAAGGUCACCAAGGUUGCCAGAGUUUCUGAACAUAGCAACUCCUUUGCCAGAUCGGUUUCAACUUUGAAGCCUAAAACAGUGGAUGGUGGCAGCCAGCAAUUCCCAAGGCCCAACAAUACCUGUAAACUAAGAGGCCACUCCCAAAGCCAAUCAGAAGUAGUCAAGCGAAUUCACCUCUCCCAACACAGCAACCACCAGCUGCCUCACAAUCAAUGCCUAACAGUUUGUAAGUUCUACAGUAACCCCAAGACUCUUAGAGGUCUUCAGAACUCAGGAAGAAAUCCAAGCAGGGCACCAGCUCAAAUGCCAUUGACUACUAACGUAGCCACCAGACAGCUCAACGAGACCCCUGGGGUUGUGAGAUUGUCUAGAAGAAGGAGAGGCCUCCCACCAGAUGCAAAUGCAACUCCUCUUAAUCAUUUUUCUACCGACAAUCCAUUCAAGAAGUGCAGGACACAACAAUCCAAUGGGGAUGUUCAACUGGAAAGUGAUUACUGUAACAACGAGACUGAUGCUAACUGUAAGGAAGAUGUCCAAGGGGAACAUGCUGUCCAUAAGGUAAGAAACACUGGUAGCCUUGAUGCAGAGCUUACAAAAAACGCGCGUAUUGGAGAGCUGAAAAUAGUAAGGGACAGUUAUGUUACUGAGGCCAUACAUAAAGUUAAUGUUGGAAAGUUUGGUUCAUCGGCAAGCAUCACUACUCUUGAGGUCAAACAUAAAUCUGACCUUGCUCCAGUCAGUGAGAUUGUGUGCAGAAGUGUGAGAGAAAAAGAGCUACAGAGGAACCUGACAGUUGGGUCAGCUCCGAGCUCCAAAACAAUUCCCAGGAUUACUGUUUCCAGGACUGCUAUCAGAGAUUCAGGACAACCUUCUGUUCCUAAAGCUCUAAUCAACUCAGUGACAUCACCAAACGUAUAUAACAAACCACCAGCGACUCUUUCUGCCAAACACAGUCCAAAGGGAAAUAAAAAAGGUGCUAGCAAAGACAUUGUUACGUUUAUUUCACCAGCCAGCAGCUGCUCCGUUGACGAUUCCCAAUGUGCUGCAAUUGACUCUUCCGAGGGCUGGACUGCUGACUCAACAAAGGAUGGUAGCUAUUCUGUAACAUCCAAGGGCUCUACAAAACGUCUUAGGCAGAUCAAAUCUACUACCUCAACAGUUAAAACAAGGAGCAGUCCUAGAAUCCUUCUCAAGCGCUAACAAACCUGAUCCAUGGCUCAACAUGUUUACAGAUUCACUGUUUACGAUAUUAAGAUUUAAUAUCAAGGAGACCAUAAUUAUAUACAGUACACCCACAGCAGCUAAUGAGUUCCACGUCGGGAGCUGUCUCGAAAAAUCCUCUUUACUUAUCCAGCCAUUAAUUUUCUAUACCGCUUGUCCUCAUUAGGGUCACAGGUGAACUGGAGCCUAUCUCCGCUAACUUUAGGUGAAACAAUUGGUACACCCUGGACUGGUCCUAGCCAAUCGCACGUCACACAACCAUUCACAACCGCAUUCACGCCUAUGGACAAUUUAGUCUUCAACUAAACCAAAUUUCUUUGGGAAUGUGGGAGGUAGCCAGAGAACUAUGGGAAAACCCACACAAGUGGGGAGGACAUGCAAAUGCCCCACAAGAAGGCCAGAGUUGAGAUUCAAAGUUCAAACUUCAGAACUCUGGGGUAGAUGUGCUAAUCACUAACUCACCAUGCCCCUUUAUAAAUAUUUUUUGUAAUAUUAAUAUAGUAUUAAUUUGUUUGAUUAAUAAAUAGUGGUACCUUGAGAUACUAGUUGCAUUCGUUCUGUGACCAUGCUCUUAUCUCAAAAACUCAUCUCAAAACUUAUUUCGCCAUUAAAAUGAAUGGAAAUACAAUCAAUCCAUUCCAGUCCUCCAAAAGACACCACAAUUUUUAGAAAUGUUUUUAAAAAGACCAGGUGGCAGUAUAUUUGUAAAAUAUAGACAUAAAAUACAUAAUAGAAGAGAAUUUAAAGAUAUUAACUGGUUUUAUGAAGAGUAAUCAAGCCAAAAGUCUUGUCAUCUGGCUGGCAUUAUUGUAUUAUGUUAAUUGUUAGCCCAUGUGGCUGUGGUGUUUUCCAUCGUAUGCUAGAGGCCGUGGUUGGUGCAAAUACAUGUUAUUCUCUCUGUUUUAUAUUUAUAUUAUUUAUUUAUAUUUCAUUUCUCUUUGUUAGUUUACAAAUAAACUCGAGCUAGUAGUGACAAUGUAUAGCUUUGAAGCCUUUUUUUUGGGAGAAUAUUUACUAAUUAUAUCAGCCAAAGUGCUGCUUGUUAAGUGAGUGGAGCCUCCUGCUGCCAUGGAGCACUCGUUUUUCAAGUUUGGGCUCGCUAGUCAACGCAAAAACUUGGCCAGUCGACGACUCACAUCUCAAAACUCGGAAGUUGGGUCACUCAUAUCUCGAGGUACCACUGUAAUGCAAUAUGUAAUUAAUAAUAAAGAGCAUUAUUAGAAUACAGUAAAAAUAUGAUGGAAUGUUUAAAAUUGUUUGUAUUCGAGUUUACAGCAAAGCAUCGUAAGAGAUGGUUCUGUAGCUACCAUAGGCCCGACAGUGAAGGGAAGAAACCUUGUAACUGUAAGGUCCAUCAUUAAAAAAAAAAACAAAAAAAAAACUUUGACAUGCAGUUUUAUUAUCUUUGUAAAGGCAAAAUCUUUGAUACAGCUCCUGAACUGACUCACAUUAGAUGAUGCAGGUGUACGAAAUCUUUUGGCCAGUGAGUGUAUUUAAAAGACCAACACUGGAUAUUGCUGUAUGAUAUUUUAUGUUCUUGUAUACACUUAUAUAUUAUGAUGUUUUUAUAUAGAUGUACAGUAAAAAUAAUUUGAGCAAUAUAAUUAUCUAUUAAUUGGAUAUAGUGAACAAUCACACUAUAUCAAAUAAUGAUUUCAGGUGCUUCCAUGUACUAUCAAAAUUUUUUUUUGUACCUACAAAAAAAUCAUACUACGUUUUCUGCUCUUUUACUUUAAGCCGUCUCCUCACUAGUAUUGAGAUGUUAGUACCACAUAUGUUGUGUUACAAAAGAUAUAUUUCAAACCAAACUGCAAGUUUUCUCCCUGGAACUACUCAUGGACAAAAUUGUUGGGACACCGCUGGUAAUGAAAGAAAAACCCACACUGGGCACAGAAAUAACUUGAAUCUGACAAAAAGAAUAAUAAUACACAUUUUAUGAAAAUUCACUAAUGAAAAUCAGACAUUUCUUUUAAUUGUGGUUCAACAGAAUUAUUUUAAAAAUCCAAUUCAUGAAACAGGCCUGGAAAAAUGAUGGUAACCCUAGAAAAGAUUGAAAAUAAUUUGACCAUAGGGAGAGGUUCAAACAAGUGCUGUCCUCUAAUUAACAUCAAAGGUGUCUUCACACUUUCAAUCGGUCAGUCGGCCUAUUAAAAAAAAAAAAAAAAAAAAAAA